AACAGAUUCCCGGUGAUAGAGGGUAAGGUCUCCCCUUCUGAAUCGAUGUUCGUGUAGCUAAGUCUUCUAGGGGAUAUAUAUCUGGAGUGGGAAAAUUCCAGGAUGGCUUUAUUGAGCUCGAUCCCGAAGACGAUGAUAACCGCCCCAUACCUAGCCAGAUCAAUUACGAUUGCUAUAAAACGAAUUUAACGGCGAGACCAUUAGGUGCCAUCCCCUUCCAUUGGCCAUGCUAUGAAAUAUUAGCCAGUGCCCUAUAUCCUAACACGAACAACCCAAUUCAUCAUGUGGACUUAGAUCGGCUUUUCUUGACAAUGUUUUUGCUCACAGAGAAUGGCGUUUCGCUAGCCAUCGAGUCUGGUGCUGAGGAACGACAAAAAGAACAUUAGGAAUGCCGUACAGGCGAAGAGUUUUUCAUUGCAAACCCAGCUCCUUCAGCCGAAUUGACAUUUCGUGUCGGAAAGAUCAUGGCAGGCGUGCGAUUCCCUAAGUCACCUCCAGAUUUUGAUCUUGGAAGCCGAGUGAUAAAUGACCCAUUCAAAAAACUACCAUCCGGUAUCAUCUACUUGAUCUGUCAGCAGCUCCCCGCCACAGAUAUUCCUCUAUUUGCCCAGGCGUCUUAGUGGGUUAAUGCUGUCCUUCGCAAAGGUAACUUCUGGAGGUAUCUUAUCAAAUACGGCAUGCCUUGGUUCAUCGAAAUAGAGGAACUUAUUAAACUAGGCACCUUGCGCCGCGAGAGUUUAUUCAGAGGAAUUUUUUUCUGGGCGUUGGAUGCAAUCCAAGACUACACAGGGCUAACAGGUCCUCUCGUACACGUUGCAAAUCGGCGGCGAAUAUGGGAAGCCUGCGAGGACAUAGCAUUGACCUACUAUAAUAACGACGUCAAACGCGCUAUAAGAACAGGCUGAAUGAUCGAAUAGAAGAGAAUAUCAAAUUUAAGUUAAUAUUAGAAUGCUUCAUUUUGCUCUGGUUCUAUAAAAAGGUAACCUAAGGGGUUCAUUAAUGGAAUAAUACAGAGAUACGUUAAUCAAUUAUGUACAUGUAAUUAACCACGUUAGCACGUGAUCUGAGAGAAUGACUUCAUAGGUAACCCCGGC